AUCAUAUAAAUAGGGGUUUCACAACUACAAAGUUACAAACAGCUUAAGCCCCUCCUUUCUCAAACAUAAAUCUGCACUUUUUUCCUCCAUUUUUUAGAAUUUGUUCAGCUUCUUUAACAUUUGACAAUGCCUCUCACACUUGAAUUCACGAAGGAACUUGAACAAAGGUCAGAGAGAGUUAAGUCGGUGGAUUUCCAUCCAACACAGCCAUGGAUUCUAGCAAGUUUAUAUUCAGGAACAGUGUGUAUUUGGAACUACCAGUCACAAGCUAUAGAGAAAUCCUUCAAAGUAACAGAAUCACCAGUAAGAUCAGCGAAGUUCAUAGCACGUGAAGACUGGGUUGUUGUUGGAUCGGAUGACAAGUUUAUACGUGUAUACAAUUACAAUACCAAUGAAAAAGUUAAAGAAUUUGAGGCGCACACAGAUUAUAUCAGGUCUUUGGCUCUGCAUCCUACCCUUCCAUAUGUUCUUUCCGCCUCUGAUGACAUGCUCGUAAUGCUUUGGGAUUGGGAGAAGGAUUGGGCUUGCACUCGAAUCUUUGAGGGACACAGUCAUUAUGUCAUGCAAGUAGCAUUUAAUCCAAGAGACACCAACACCUUUGCUAGUUCAUCACUUGAUUGCACAACGAAGAUUUGGGAUCUUGGCUCCUCUAGUCCGAAAUUCACUCUGGAGGGCCAUUCAAAUGGGGUAAAUUGUGUUGGUUUCUUCACAGCUGGUGAUAAACCAUGUCUGAUCACUGGUUCUGAUGACUAUACCACUAAGGUGUGGGAUUAUGAAACCAAAACUUGUGUCCAGACGCUACAAGGCCACACGAACAAUGUAACAGCAAUAUGUGUUCAUCCAGAAGUUCCCAUUAUUAUUACAGGUUCUGAGGAUGGGACUAUUCGGAUAUGGCACGCAACAACUUACAGGCUUGAGAACACACUGAAAUAUGAACUCGGAAGAGUUUGGGAUAUUGGAUGCAUGAGAGAUUCAUCCCAAAUUGUAAUUGGUUGCGACCAAGGAAAAAUUAUGGCAAAAGUUACCGGCUCUCACAGUUGGGAUUCUACAAACCAUGUUGAUGACAAGGAAAAUCCAAAUGAAUAACUUCAAUUCACUUGAUGCUGAUGAUUAUGGCUACUGCUCUAGGCCACUGCUACUACUAUAUGGUGUGUUUUAGAGAAAUAGCUUCUUCUAUCUUCCAGUUGAUAGAAAUUUUUCUGAUGUUCUGUUGUAAAUCUUCUUCAUUAUCUUUCUUCUUCUACCCUGUGUGUAUUUUGUGUUUUAUAGAAUCAUUUGUAAUGUCCUGUAUUGUAUGUCAUUUUGAAGUAAUAAAAUAAUGCUGAUUUAGAGGAUUAAUACAUUUUAUGCUAAAU